GAUGGUAACACGGAAACAUAUAUAAGACACUUGCAGUAUAGCUGUGUGCUGCCAGGCCUUCGUGCACCUGUCCACCGCCUUCUGCCACUGUGACCAGGACGUGCUGGAAGAGAGGAUAUACGAGUCGCCACUGGACCCCCACGACGUCAUGAGGUGCGUUCAGUGGAUGGACGAGACUAUGCUCAGCAUGAUAACUGAGAGGUUGAUUGCUCCUCACCCGAAUACCUACACUUACACGAAACGGCUGGCGGAAUGUCUCGUCGGCAACCACUGCCCUGAUUUGCCUGUCGUCAUAGCAAGGCCUGCUAUUGUGACCCCGACAUUUAAAGAGCCCAUGCCCGGCUGGGUGGACAGCCUGAAUGGCCCCAUAGGACUACUGGUGGGGGGAGGCAAGGGUGUGAUACGGUCCAUGCAUUGCAAGGGAGAGUAUCAGGCCGAGGUGGUGCCUGUGGACAUGGCCAUCAGUGGCCUGAUCGCCAUUGCCUGGAGGACAGGAACUUCUGAAAACAGGCCGGACGAGGUCCCGGUGUACAACAUCACGUCCUCGUCCGUGAAGCGCAUCACGUUCAAGGAUAUGCUGGACAAGGGGCGCGCAGUGGUGCACGACAACCCCUUCGAGAUGAUGCUGUGGUACCCUGACGGCAACAUCCGCAGCAGCAAGCUCGUCCACAACAUCUACGUCAUCUUCCUGCACUUCCUGCCCGCCUACUUCAUAGAUCUGCUGCUACUGCUCUGCAGACAGAAGCGCUUUAUGGUACGCCUGCAGUACAAGAUUCAAGAUGGCCUCGAAGUUCUGCAGUACUUCACCACCAGAAAAUGGAACUUCAGAAGCGCCAAAUUCUGUGCUCUGCGGAAAGAGCUGAACCCCGUGGACCGCGAGAUAUUUUUCACGGACUUUGAGGCUGUGGAUGAUGACGAAUAUAUGGUGCACACGGUGCUUGGUGCGAGGCAGUACUGCCUCAAGGAGCCCCUCAGUUCUCUGCCUCGCUGUAGACGAAACCUCAAAAUUCUGUAUGUCGUCGACCGCAUAUGCAGCGCCCUCUUCUAUCUGUUCCUGGCCUGGAUGGUUUUCUCUUACUCGGAGACGGCGCGCCAGCUUCUGGACGCAAGCACGGAGUACCUCAGCAAAAUGCCGCUGGUGCGGAGUUUUGUUUCAUUUGGCGACAUGUGACGGCUGUUCAUACGGUCCCAUUAAUGUGCCAAUGGUUCUGAUUUGUGUGGCUCUCAGCACUGCGUCACGUGAUCAUGUCCACUUUUAACAUUCUUCUUGCGGUUGAUGCAUCUCUGACCUUCCUGACUUCUGCGCGCCUUAUAAUGUCCAACAUGUACACCUGGGAAUGGGGCCCCCGCUGGGAGCAGGUGGAAUGUUGAGGUUGCCUCCGAUCCACGGACGGACAGACCUGAUAUUUCUCAAGCAUGUAAACUUUUGUCAGAUUUUAGGCACUAGAAAGGCAUGCUGAAAUGUGACCUUGAGUUGUUUGCAAUAUGUUCAGUGUUAUGCAUUUCGUGCCCGUGUGUGUGACUCAUGCACUGAGAAAUGCAUGAAACUGUUCGUUCUGUUUCUCUCUAAUGGCUUGAGGUCUCUCAGCUCCCGACGUCGCCUCGCCUCUGCAAGGCCACAGUACUCCCUGAACUGUUGCAGCACCUUAAAUCCUAGGCUCUUUAUCAGGCAUUAUUUCUGGUUUAAUGAAGUUCUAUCUGUAAAUGUUUAGUAAUUACAGUUACUUUUAUGGAUUUGGUUCGUUUACACUGAUCCUAAGGAUAAAUUCACGAACACUUAUAUGUUACACUUUGUAUGCAUAAAUAGAGGACUGGUGAAUAAACGGUGAAGUAUUGUUUGGUGCUUCA